AGAGACUGAGCAGAGAAAAAGGGAAUUGGCUUUUAUGUAUUUAUAUAUUUAAUUUUUUUUGGGUUAAAACAGUAAGUGAUUCGAUCGGUACCUUAGACUCGGUGACAGUUGGAUACAGGGAGAGAGAGUGUUUAAGAGAGAGAAACCAUUAUGGGCAUCGUUCAUGUCGGAACAGCCGAUGAGCAAGUAAAGUACUGAAUAGUACUAGUUGAAUCGUCAUCGUUUUAGUCUGAACUGGUGAGUUUGGUUCACUCUUGAGCUCUGUUCCGGUGGUGAAAAACCCUAGGUUUUAUGUGUAUUUGCUUUCUGAAGGCUUGGUUUUCCUUUUUUGAACUUGGGUCAUAUGUCAGACAUUUUAGUUUGAUUCAAUCAUUCAGGGGCAGAGUUAAAUGAUCACUUUUGCUGAAGAUUCUAGAGUGGAGUUAAUUACUUAAUUCCAAUUUACAUGUUUGUUCUAGUUCCCUGUAGAGUGUUUGGGAUUUCUUUAUGGUCUCAUACCUUUUCUGAUUGUGUUUAGUGCUGGUUCAAUUACCCGAUGAAAAGUUAAUGUUAAUGGAUAUAAAUGUAUAAUUGAUUCCAGAUUUGUGGUUUAUAGAUCUGAUUUUGACCUGUUAUUAGCUAGUAUUUAGUGUUUUAAGAUCCAUUCUGCUUUAUAAGGGUUCCAUUAAUAAAGAAACGUCUUGAUGAAGUCAUUGGAUUCAUCUGCUAUAUUGUAUUGAACACAAGGAAAAUGCUACUGAUUUGGAACAAAUCGUGCAUUAUAUUGAAGCUUACCUCCUUGGAAUACAUCGUCUUUAUGUUCUCUGGGAAAUAUAGGAGCAAAGUGGGUCUUAACAGUGUUAUAUAGAAUAAAGCAUGGAUUAUAUUUCAGAGAAGAGAUUCCCGCUUGAUGCAAAUGAUUAUAAAUUAUAUGAAGAAGUUGGAGAGGGUGUCAGUGCUUCUGUGUACAGAGCUCUGUGCGUUCCACUUAAUGAAACAGUUGCAAUCAAGGUUCUUGAUCUGGAGAAAUGUAACAAUGACCUGGACGGUAUUCGGCGAGAGGUACAAAUGAUGAACUUGAUUGAUCAUCCAAAUGUUCUGCGGGCGCAUUGCUCUUUCACCACUGGCCACCACCUUUGGGUUGUGAUGCCAUAUAUGGCUGGGGGGUCAUGCUUGCAUAUAAUGAAGUCUUCAUUUCCUGAGGGUUUUGAGGAGACUGUUAUUGCUACGUUACUGCGUGAGGUUCUCAAAGCUUUGGUUUAUCUUCAUGCUCAUGGUCACAUUCAUAGAGAUGUUAAGGCUGGUAAUAUUUUAAUCGAUUCUAAUGGUGCAGUCAAGUUAGCUGAUUUUGGAGUUUCAGCAUGUAUGUUUGACACUGGAGAUAGGCAACGUUCUAGAAAUACUUUUGUUGGAACCCCUUGCUGGAUGGCUCCUGAAGUUAUGCAGCAAUUGCAUGGAUAUGACUUUAAAGCAGACAUUUGGUCAUUUGGAAUAACUGCACUCGAACUUGCUCAUGGCCAUGCCCCAUUUUCUAAGUAUCCACCAAUGAAAGUUUUGUUGAUGACUUUACAAAAUGCUCCACCAGGUCUUGACUAUGAAAGGGAUAAGAGAUUUUCAAAGUCUUUUAAAGAACUUGUAGGUGCUUGCUUAGUGAAGGACCCAAAAAAACGCCCAACCUCAGAAAAGCUUUUAAAGCACCACUUUUUUAAACAUGCACGGUCCACUGAUUAUUUGGCUCGCACCAUUCUAGACGGUCUUGCUCCAUUAGGUGAUCGUUUUAGGACGUUGAAGGCAAAGGAAGCUGAUCUUCUUGUGCAGAAUAAUGCACUCUAUGGGGAUAAGGAGCAUCUAUCGCAGCAAGAGUACAUUCGAGGAAUCAGUGCCUGGAAUUUUAACCUUGAGGACUUGAGAAAUCAGGCUGCCCUUAUUCAGGAUGAUGACCUGUCAAAUGAAGAAGAUACUAAGAAGCAAACAGAUGAGCAUAAAGAUGUUGGGAUUCCAGAAGAGAGGUUGUCACCUGAAAUGGUCAACCAAUCAAAUCCUACUUCUAAUCAGGAGGAUGGGUUUAAUGAUCAUAAAGAUUUGGAGAGUUCACUUGCUUCCUUUCCUAUUAAACCUCUCCAGGCACUUAAAGGUUGUUUUGACAUUUGUGAGGAUGAUGAGAAUGCCACUAGUCCAAGAACCAUGUGCCAAGAAAAUGGUAGAACUGAUGGUGAAUGUUCUGGGCAAAGUACUUCUAUAGCACGUCAUAUUGUAGCCGAGCAUAAAAAGUUUUUGAGCGGUACACUCCUUCCAGAUAAUGUUGUUUCUCCAAAGAGGGUUGUUGGUGAUGGUGAUAGGGAUUAUCAACAAUCAAAAUUUCAAUCAGAGCGAAACUAUAGCGGUUCACUGUUGUAUCGGCAGAAAAGAGAUGUCAAUAAUCCUUCAUCUGCUGAGGAUACAUCAGAUGGAGCAGUUGUCCAACGUAAGGGUCGGUUUAAAGUCACUUCAGCAGAACUGAGCCCCAAGGGUCCUACAAAUUGUUACUUCAACCCAAUCUGUGGAGGUUUAACCAGUACAGCAUCUGCAAACCUCACAGCUUCAGCUGUUCUUCCAUCACUACAAUGCAUUUUGCAGCAGAACGCUAUGCAAAGGGACGAAAUAAUUAAAUUAAUGAAGUAUGUGGAACAAACCUCUGGCAAGCAAGUGGAGUUCACUGAUGUAGGCACCUCAGACCUUAUGCAGACAUCUUAUGCUUUAUCCCGGGAGAGAGAGCUGCAGAAUCAGGUGAACAGUUUGCAACAGAGCGUUGGGAGUCUUAUUGAGGAAUUGCAGAGACAGAAAAUGAAAAAUGCCCAGUUGGAAAGACAAUUGAAUUCUUUGGCCCACAAAGAGGAAGAAUAAGGCACACGACCUUGUUAAUCUUGAUGGCAAUGUAUUCUUCACCACGGUUCAAAGUUUUAAUAAUUGGUUGCAAAGAAUGAUGACAAACAAAGAGAAGAAACUGCUGGCUAAGCCGAGUGACCAUGUGAAAAUUUUCCAGUGACAAGCUUUGCCGAGUCCCCGAAGCUACGACAGAGGAGAUAAUAAAGGGCAUUCUUUUCUACUGUACUGCUCAUUGUACCAUAUGUGUGAAUGUGUGUUAGAUGCAGAAACCCAAAAAUUUUGAGAUUCAUUUCCUUAACAAGUCUCUCGCCUUUUGUAAGAUAUAAUUUAUUUUACUGGAUAUUGUAAUUAUAUUUGCAAUUAAAAUCUCUCCAAAACCCAAAUGAAAAGUGCAGUGACAUUAGCCUUGGGUUAAUUUUAAAACAA